UGCGCGAAACCACCGAGGACAUGGGUUUCAGGGGCAAGCUGAAGCUCUCCAGGAAGGAGCAGCACGGUGUGUCCAUGAAGUUCCGAGUCCGUGAUCCGAGGCCAGCGCAGACAAUCCAAGAUGGACUCCGCUUCGUGAAGAACAUGAAGCACGGGCUCGCCGGCCAGCCAGACAAGUACGAUGAGGUCGUCGCCACCAUGCGCCAGUUCAUGUCCGGGAGCAUUUGUACUGCUGAUGUGGUUGAGCGUGUGAAGGUGCUUCUAGAAGGUCACCCUGAUCUCCUCCGUCACUUCAACGAGUUCCUGCCAUGGGGGUACAUAAGGGCUCAUGGACCACUCGGAAGGCUCAGCGUCUGAUCCAGCCAGGGCAGUGAAGCAUGGAUACCUAGCUAUAUAUGCCAAAGCCUAGCUGUUGCUUUCCUUUGCAUGCAUGAAUGAGAUAUGAAUAUCUCUAAGCUGCAGUGGUUGGCCCUACAUCACUGCUACUCUGCAUUAUAUUGGCAGUACGCGUCCUAUGAAGAAUAUAUAAUGCUAAAUAUCAGACCGUAUCUGUCUUGCAUUAUAUCGUGUCUGUGUUUGAUAAUGGUGAAGUCAACUGACAGCAUUCUCUA